CUCCAUGUUCACCAACAAACAACAAUCACAAGAAAACCGAACCGAGUACUUCGGAUUCAAAUGCAGCGCAUUUGUAUCCAGCUUUGAUGGCAGCCAGCCGGGCGCGUCACACUUCAAUUACUUCUGCCCCAACAUGAGCUCAGGACGAUCUCGCCCUCUAUUCCCGCCGACAUGUCUUUGCUCCAGAAACUUGCGAUAUUUACAAUCUCUGUCUCCUUCAUAACAUUUGUCGCCUUCUUUGGCAGACUUCCGGCUCUAAGAAACACCCCCAUCGGCUUCCUCCACCGUUUACUGAUAAUACACCUCCCGAAUGGUAUGCGGAAUGUCGAUUUAUACCUCACCAAUGGCCGUAUUACAAAUGGAAGCUCGCGACUGGGCCACUAUCUUAUGCAUGAGAAGCACCCCGUUGUUGUGAUUUUCUUUCUAGGCCUUAUAACAGGCAGCGCAUCCCUCUUCGUCCCUGCUGUUUGGUCAAAGCUCCUCGCCAAACACAAGGCUAUCUUACUUCUCGUUCUUCCUCUUCCAUACCUCUUUACGUAUCUCAGCGCUCGCCGCAACCUCCAAACGCAUGUCACGGCCUCUAAUCACACGGCUCAAAUGCGACACUACCCAUAUGACCGAAUACUAUACUACCCAGGGAACGAAUGCCGGACCUGCCACCUCCUCAAACCUGCUCGAAGUAAACACUGCAGUAUCUGUAAAACCUGUGUUGCGCGAGCGGAUCACCACUGUGUCUGGGUCAAUAAUUGUCUGGGACGCGGCAACUACAAAUGGUUCCUGGCGCUUCUCCUUUCUACCGGCCUACUGCUGGCAUAUGGAGCAUACCUGGCCUAUCUCGUGCUUGCGCCACAAGUAAAAGCACGGUAUGCGCGAUACGAGUACUAUUACAGAUAUCCGGCCCAGCCGGCCGAGACGACGCGCUUAGCGGUUUUGGUCGGCUCCAUUUUGGAACGCACGCAUUACCUAAUCACCUACCUAUCCAUAGCCUUGGACAUCGGCUCUGUAUCCAUUGCCGGAGUCGGGCUUCUAGCUCUUCUGACUUGGCCCAUGCCCCUCGGCUUACUAGGCUACCACAUGUACCUUAUAUGGGCGGGUAUGACGACCAAUGAGAGCAGCAAGUGGGCUGACUGGCGAGAUGACAUGUACGACGGGGUCGUCUUCUUGGGACUGCAGAAGAGCAAAGAGGAAGAUAAUCAUCUAGAUCCGGAACGUGAACUGGAGGAACCACCCACGUCAUGGCCAGUUUCGGGCAGACAUCUUCUAGUGCGCACCAGGGACGGCCAACCGCCUCAGCAGUUGUCCCGGCGUCUUCGAGAGGCCGCUCAGGAGGGGAGUUGGGAGCGGUGUUGGCGGCUAGCGGAGGUGGAGAAUGUGUAUGAUCUAGGGUUUUGGGACAACCUGAUGGAAGCUCUAACGUAAUGCUGUGGAAGGAAUACUUAUAUAGUGAGGUCCCAUCCAAAUGUCACCUAGUAUACUGCUCGAUGUAUCCUGCGAUCGCCAAGCUUCUAUUCAUAUCAAAUACAGAGUGAAAGGCAGUAAGCUGAUAUAUCCAGCUUGCUUUAGGGCUUUCAAUGCCCC